AUGAUCUCUCAAAAGUUGUAUAAGUUUGCCAAUUUAAUUUAUGGUAUCGUUGGAAGUGGAAAGAAACUAGAAUCUACUGAUACAGUUCUCAUCCUAGGCGGUUCCAACGGUCUAGGUAAAGACAUAUGUACACAAUUGUGUCAAAACGAGAUAAAAGUGAUUAAUGUGGACACACAGGACACUAGUAUCCCGCUAAUGGGCAAAUGCUAUACAUUUAUUCCUUGUAAGAGCUUUGCAGAAACCCACAGUGUGCAAGAAGCCAUGCAAGCGGUAAAAUCUCUGGUCCAACCGAUUACCAUUCUGAUUAAUAAUGUACAAAGGGAUUUCAAAAGUGUCUAUCAAAUGGAAGAGCCUUUGAGUCCUCUAGAUGAAUCGAUCGAUCAGUUCAAAGAAUGUGUAGCGGCCAAUUUGACGAAUGUAAUGAUUGCCACAAAGUUCUUCCUCGAGCAAUUGGUCCCUCAAAGUGUUUGUUUGACUGGAAAUAAAAGUCAAGACUAUUAUCUGGUCAAUUUAAGUUCUAUCUUGACUUUAAACGUCCCAGAACAGGCAUCUCAUUACGUCUCUUCUAAGGCCGCCCUCAAUCAAUUCCACGAUUCAUUGACUUCUGAGUUAAAAUCCAGUAGACACAAAAAAGUCCAUUAUAAGACUCUAUUAGUCUUUCUGCCAUUCAGUAAGGAUUACCUUAUAUGGAAUCAAUCGACAUCUUGUCUAUCUCAACAACUCAUCGACUGUCUACAUGACGGUAGGAAAGGUGACGUACUACUAAGAAUAGACGAUUCACCUCUAACCGCUUUUAAAGUGAGUGCCUCUGGUAGCUGUAGAUUCAGUAAUAUGGUAUCUAAGUGGAAACAGUGA